UUUUUAAAUUCCAUCAUAGAUUCCAUGUGAGUCUGUUAUUUUUCCCGCGUAAUUUCCCGCCAUUAGAAUCAUAGAAUGUACUAUGAAUAUGGGGGAAGUCUUAAAAGGCAGCAACGAAAGAGAAGGAAAAGGUUCUCUGAUUCACUGAGUGAUGAAACGACCAAUAAAACUACUCAUUCUGGGUCUGAUACGGACAUUAGUGUUCCAGACCCCUCGCUAGCUACUGGGUCCUGUAAUAUUGAUAGCGAGAGAGAGGAGGAACACAUUGAUCCGACAGUUUCCUGUAGUACACCUCUCCGUGACAUUUUAUUUCCAUCAGAUCUCUCCUCCUCCUCUUCUUCUAAAGAUGAUAACGAAAAUGAAAUUGAUAAAUUAUUGGAGGGCGUUAAUAUGUCCGAGUUAAGCAGCUUCAACCUAAGCUCGGCUCAUAAUAAAUCCGCUGAUAAAAUGGCUGCCACUGAGGACAAUCACUUCACAGUACAAGAAGAUAGGGUUCAUGUCUAUCCUUCCGGAACAUUCUAUGGUCUUCCACUAACCGUCCAGGAGUGCUUCAAAAAGAACCGAGGGAUUGAGCAGCUGUAUGAUUGGCAGAAUAAGUGUCUAAGUCUUCCUGGUGUUGCAGCUGGUAAUAAUUUAAUAUACUCCCUCCCAACCAGUGGAGGAAAGACUCUAGUAGCAGAGAUACUCAUACUCCAGCAGAUAAUGUUAAAGUAUAAAGAUGUUCUUUUUAUACUGCCAUAUGUAUCUAUAGUACAGGAGAAGGUGAGGGAGUUGCUACCAUUCGCUGAAGAGCUUUCCUUUGCAGUUGAAGAAUAUGCUUCAAGUAAGGGAAGACUACCACCUGUUAGGAAGAGAAAGAAGAACACCAUCUUUAUUGCCACCAUUGAAAAGGGCAAUGCAUUAAUUAAUUCAUUAAUUGAAAUCAAUAGAUUGGAUUCAAUUGGACUGGUUGUCAUCGAUGAGCUUCACAUGAUAGGAGGAGGUCAGAGAGGAGCAGUAUUGGAAUCCUGUAUCAUUAAACUGCUAUUCACAUCAGUUAGUGUCCAGCUGGUUGGGAUGAGUGCUACACUGAGUAAUUUACAUGAAAUUGCUUCUUUCAUGAGAGCAGAACUAUUUACUGGAAACUUUAGACCAGUUGAACUCAAUGAAUAUAUUAAAUUAGGUCAAUCAAUAUAUUCUAUUGGACGAAGGGAAGGCCUAACCUCGGGCGUUGAACCAAUAUUUAAAAGGCGUAUAGUAGGAUCAUUAAAUAAGGUUGAUCCUGAUCAACUGGUUGGUCUAGUUAGUGAAGUGAGUCCGUCGUCUUGUUUGAUAUUCUGUUCCACUAAAAAGAAUUGUGAGAAUGUUGCCCUCAUGAUUUCUAAAGGACUACCAAAAUCGGCUAAAUCCACCAAGGAGAAAGAGCGUAGGAUGUUGAUUCAGCAGUUGCGUAUUGAAGCAGCUGGUCUGUGUCCAGUACUAGCACAGACUCUACCUUAUGGCAUAGCCUAUCACCACUCCGGAUUAACUGGUGAUGAGCGGAAGGUCAUUGAAGAAGGAUACACUUCGGGGAUACUCUCUGUCAUUACUUGUACCUCAACACUUGCAGCUGGGGUCAAUCUACCAGCCAGGAGGGUCAUCAUUCGUCAGCCGUACAUUGGACAGGACUUCAUUAGUCUCAGUUCUUAUAAGCAAAUGGCCGGUAGGGCAGGACGAUCAGGUUUAUGUGAUAAAGGAGAAAGUAUCGUAAUACUGCAGCCGAAAGAUGAAGCGAGAUUUCUCAGUGUCUUGUCGAAACCAUGUGAUAAGUGUACUAGUUGCCUUCUUCUUGACAACCAGCAACCAUUCACAUCACUGAUCCUCUCAUUAAUAGCUUUGAAAAUAUUGAAGUCAUCCUCAGACAUUAGUCCAUUCCUCCAGUGUACUUUACUCUUCUCUCAAGAUCAUGAUGAGGCCUCGUUAAAGAAACAUUGCAAUGAUAUCAUCUCCAGUCUAACUAGCUCAGAGCUUAUCUCACUGAGAGAGGAAGAGAGAGAAGGAGAGAAGAUACAGCAUUAUGAGAUAACUAACAUUGGGAGAGGAGUACAUAAAGGUUGUAUUACUGUGUCUGAUUCCAGUUCAGUAUACAAGUCACUCCAGACUGCUCAGUCUAAUCUAAUAUUAACUAAUGAUCUUCAUUUAUUAACUGUUGUUGUACCUAAUUCUCUCAUACAGUCCAUUAAACCAGACUGGAAGGCUUACUUUGAAAAGGUUUCAAGACUGUCACCAGAUGAGGAGAGAGUUGCUGAUCUGUACAAUAUCAGUAUUGGAGUAUUGGCAGGUAGAUAUACUGGAAGGAAUACUAAAAUGACAGAGGGUGACAUGUGUGUAUACAUAAGGUUCUAUGUUGGUUUGAUGCUGUACUCUUUACUGAGAGCCAGUGUCAGUACUGAUGGUGUGUGGGUGGUUGCUAGCAGGUUCGGCUGCAGUAGAGGAUACCUACAGAGUGUUGUACAGCAGACCUGUAGCCACUCGUCCUGUCUGGUUCAUUUUACUGAAGAGUUACCUGAGUUAUGGCCUUUCAAACUUCUCCUCCCUCCAAUAGUUCAAAAGUUGUCAUAUUCCGUCAGCUACAAUCUGUUGUCUCUAAUGGAAAUACCAGGAAUGAAACAAGGUAGAGCGAGGCAGUUGGUCCAGGCUGGUAUUAGAUCACCAUUGGAUCUUGUUGAGUAUUCUCCUUCAGAUUUAUCUAAACUAAUUGAACACUUGUAUGUUGGGCAGGCUGGGAAACUGAUCAAAUCUGCUCAGAGUCUAUUAGCUGAAAAGGCCGAACUGUUAGAAGAUGAGGCUUACGAACUGCUUCAAAAAAUAUCACUUAAUAAAAGAUGAUAAUAAUAACAACAAUAAUAAAAUAUAGUGUAUCAAUGAU